CCGCCCGCGGGAUGCUGCACUCGUUCCCCCCGCAGACUUUCGCUCAACUUGCGUCCUCGGCCUUCUGACAGCUGCUGCAUUCUCUAUGCAGGCUUCGAGACCCUUAAUCACGCUCCCUACGUCAUCCGCCCAAGUCCGAUGGGGACUCGAUGAGCUCCGCAAGCAGCGCCCGCAACAGCCCCCAAGUCCCGCAGACUACCAACGACACGCAGUACAAUGUCCGUGAUGCUGCCCUCCGCGGUGCCUCUUCAGCCUUCUCGAAGCCGCCGAUAAAGCCGAAGCCGCAGGUAAACACGUAUACUGGAGGGAGCGAUGGUGCGCUGCUGGCUGCUACGAAAGUAGGCACGGGCACACCGCGGAAUACCAUCCCGCCUGGGAACGCUUCUCCGCUGAGGAGGGAUUGGACUGGUGGAAGCACACGGAGCGUGGGCAGGCCGAAUCCGCCCAGCCAUUCAAGCAGCUCCAGUACACUGGCGGUGCCUGUCGACUGUGCUGAGCGGACGCCGUCUCCGUCGAACAUCGCAGCGAAACUAGCAGCCGCGAGAUACAGCCCGAUGAAACCGAUACCGCAAGCUACGACGGCGCCCAUAACGAGUGAAAUGGAUGCAAACGAGCCUGACAUACUCCCCCCUCCCGGCAGUGUGGGAAACCGGCUCGCGCGGCUAGACUCGAAGAAACCGAGCCUGCCACCGCCGAAGAGGAGGGGGAGCAUUGGGUCCGAGUCGGCCGCGAGCACAGUUCGGGCGCCUAUAGAAGAUACAAGAGCCACUGAUGACACUCCGAUUCCACCCACCACCUCACUGGUGAAGAUGUACGAGCAGAACCGGCCAACUACCCCUUCGAAGCCGCCAGCCUCGCCCUUGCUUGUCGCACAGAAAGCCCCGCCUCCUGUUCGAUCACCAAAGCCGCAGCGCAAGUUCAAUCUGCCUCCAGAACCAAAUGAUGAGCCCCUAGAAAGGAAGAAGACUAAAAGUGCUCCGCCGGUCAAGCCGAAACCGAAGCCACAUCUAGAUCUUCUCCCUUCAACGGACGGCGUGGGAGACGGCGGAAGCUUUAGCAUGUUGCGGAAGGAUUCUCUUGGGACGCCUCCCAUUAGGCAGAAGCCCGCACAGCUGGCUACAGUAAAAGCUACAACCUCGCGACCGAAGCCGCCGUUGAGGAGGGCGUCUCGGCAGGCGCGGCCUAAAUCGGAGGACGUGACGCACUCAGCUUCAUUUCAUAGGAGACUCUCGUCAUCUUUGGGGAGUAAUGACGUUCCUUCUUCGCCCUCUUCGUUUGUAUCAGCACAAGAGGAACAGGAACAGGAACAGGCACAGGAACAGGAGAAGCCCAAGCCUAGCCUGCCCCCGCCGCGACGCUCUGCAAAGUCUAGGUCGGAAACUCCUCGGACUGAGACCAGACUGAAGACGGCGACCCCAUUACCACCUAAACCGCGAGGAUCGUCCACAGUAAAGUCCCCGAUUCCUCCACCCGAGAAGUUCCCGCCGCCCCCUCGUCGGCGCGCCUCAACCUCAGGCACAUCACCUAGAGGCACCCUCUACCAUUCCAAUUACCAGCGCGAAUCUGUCAAAGCAAUUUCAAAGCACAUGACAGGAGAAAGUCUCUCCAACGCCAUCGUUGGCGCCGCUUUGGCGUCCUCACGUAACGCUUCGCCCGCUCCUUCCGCGACCGCUACUCCGCCCCUUCCGACCCGCAAACAGCAAAACCAUCACCACUCGCCCUUUCAUCGCUCUCCAUCGCCUCCGAAACCGAAACCGCAGCCGACGGGCAAGCUACGCACCACUAUGCGCAAGGACCCUUCCUCGUCUUCCGAUGAAGACGAAAGCGAGAAGUACAAGCGCAAGGGAACACGCAUAAUAGGCAUAGGCCGGAAACACCCGAAUAAGCAUCACGAAGGAACGCGAAAACGCUGGCGCGACCAAAUCACUGAGCGUGAGCGCAAGCGGUAUGAGGGUGUCUGGGCUGCGAAUAAAGGUCUGCAUAUCUUCGUGCAGCAACCCCCGCGUUCGCCUACACGCGCUCUGGAGGAAGAUCCCAUGCUUGAUGUCUUGAACUUGGUGACAAAGGAGAUUUGGACAAGGAGUAGGCUGUCGGAGCAUGUGCUUCAGGAAGUGUGGGACCUCGUCGACGGACGAGGAAUGGGUAGGCUCCGGAAAGAAGAGUUUGUUGUGGGGAUGUGGCUUAUUGACCAGAGACUCAAGGGGAGGAAGCUACCGAUUAGGGUGAGCGAGAGUGUGUGGGGUAGUGUGAGGGGUGUGGGUGUGAAGGUUAAGGUUGGGCCGCGUAAGUAGUAUCCAGGAGCACGGUCACGAUGCAUUGCAUGGUGUUGUGGUCGUG